UUUUUCAACGUUACGUGCAGUGGGGGAAGAAGUGGGGAAAUUCCGCCCGAGUUCUCCGCUCACGUCUUCCCGCCAAACGCCAGAGUCAGGUUUCUGUUCGUCUUGUUCUUCCCUACAAAUCCCCGAUUUCUCGCUGAUCCCUCGUCGUUGCAUUCGUUCCGAUGAGGAUCUCUUUCGCGGAAUUGCCGCUCUUUCCAGUUAGUCCUCCUUUUCUUAACUUCCUGUUCUGAUCUUAAUGCUGUUUGGGACGCGGUUGUCAUCCUCUGUUUUCCUCGAAAUCUGUAUCCGCGGUUGGUCUUCUCCAUUGAUCUCUUCCGAGGAAAGGAAAAAUUGUUUACGAUCAGAUGGGCGCGGAGCGCAGGAAGUCUGACAUAAUUAUGUAGCGGAUGAAGAUUUUGUAGGGUUUUAAGACGACUCUGAAGAAAGCAGACGUGCAGGUUUUUGGUUUCUCUAUCCCAGUGAGGAGAUGAGCGUUAAGAACGAUCGCACGGUCCCGUUGGCGGUGCUUCUCAAGCGUGAGCUCACGAGCGAGAAGGUGGAAAAGCCGGAUAUUCUGCAUGGGCAGGCGAAUCAGAGCAAGAAGGGGGAAGACUUCACCUUGUUAAAGACGGAGUGUCAGAGAAUUCCUGGCGAUGGGGUUUCUACUUUUGCAGUGUUUGCGCUUUUUGAUGGGCAUAAUGGAUCAGCAGCAGCAACAUACUCGAAGGAGAAUCUCUUGAACAAUGUUUUGAGUGCAAUUCCUUCACACAUUAGUAGAGACGAGUGGCUAGCUGCAUUACCAAGGGCAUUGGUUGCAGGAUUCAUUAAGACUGACAAAGAUUUUCAAGAAAAGGCACAAGCUUCAGGCACAACAGUGACAUUCGUAAUAGUGGACGGAUGGAUGGUUACUGUGGCCUCUGUAGGUGAUUCUUACUGUUUUCUUGAAUCAGCUGAAGGCUCAAUUUAUUCUUUAUCAGCUGAUCAUAGGCUUGAAUCAAAUGAAGAAGAGAGGGAAAGAAUAACAGCUUGUGGAGGUGAGGUUGGUAGGCUGAACACUGGUUGUGGUGCAGAGAUUGGACCUCUAAGAUGCUGGCCAGGUGGCUUAUGUCUGUCAAGAUCUAUUGGAGAUAUGGAUGUUGGCGAGUUUAUUGUUCCCAUCCCUUUUGUCAAACAAGUGAAGUUGUCUAAUGCUGGCGGUCGUCUUAUUAUUUCAAGCGAUGGUGUUUGGGAUGCCUUGACUUCCGAAAUGGCUGUAAGCUGUUCUAGUGGGUUACCAGCAGAUGUUGCAGCCAAGAAAAUUGUGAAAGAAUCCAUAAGAUUAAAGGGGCUUCGAGAUGAUACCACAUGUAUAGUAGUAGAUAUACUGCCACCAGAAAAGCCACCUCCCUUGCCGCCACGAAGGAAGAAUGGAAAAGGGAUCUUCAAGUCUAUGUUUUGCAAAAAGACUGCUGACCUGCCAUCCCAUACAGAUAGAAAAUGCUAUGAGCCGGAUCUUGUGGAGGAAAUAUAUGAAGAAGGGUCUGCAAAGCUUGCUGAAAGGCUAGCUAUGGCGUAUCCCCUGGGCAGCAUGUUCAAGCUGUUUGUAUGUGCAGUUUGUCAAGUUGACAUGAAGCCUGGAGAAGGAAUUUCUGUACAUUCUGGUUCCUGCCGUGGUGGAAGAGUGCGGCCCUGGGAUGGUCCUUUUCUUUGCCCAAGUUGUCUUUUGAAGAAAGAUGCUAUGGAAGGCAAAAGGCCUUCAGGAGCUAGGCUAGUUGACAGAUGAUUGGCCUAUUUUUUAAUUUGAACUGCUUUUGUGAGUGUGUGUUCUAUUGAAUGUUGAACAACAGUACUUGAUGCUGCUUCUAGAAGUGCAUUUUGAGCAUCAUCACAUUCAGAAAGCAUGGGACUGCGUAUCAGGAUAAUUCUGCCUUCAAAAUAUUUCUAGAGCUUGAUGCUUUGUCAAAGGAAUUUGGGUGAACAUCAGAUUUUAAUUUCAUUCCACUGAAGGCUACGCAUAUCCAGUUUGAGUAACCAACUCUACCUUACAAUGAUGAUAUGACUGGCUGCUUAGCUAAUCAGAUUCAUGUUGAAGCUGCAGUCUGAGAGAGAAAGUUGGCGAGCUUGGCUAACAUUAAUGGUAAAGCAACCAACAAUUUUUUCAUGAGGAACACAGGGUUGAGAUUCAUUUCUGGUUAGGGUGAAAGCAACUACUUGUAUAAUUUUAGCAACUAUUUUUAGAUGAUUUUUUUAGGAACUAUACAGCUGAUUUUUAUAGAUCAAUGUAGUUGAUUUUUUCUCUCCUGUGAAA